UUGAUGGACCGCCCCUCACCGGAUCCUAUAAAAAUGCACAAUCAGAUUAUAAAGUAUUCUCACGCGUCAUCUGAAGUUCACGCUGAUCUCUGCUUUGAAGUGAAUUGUGGAUUUCAGAAGUAGAGCAGAAAAUGCAGGCAUCAAGGGCUAGGCUUUUUAAGGAAUACAAAGAAGUUCAAAGAGAGAAAGUAGCCGAUCCCGAUAUUCAACUUGUUUGUGAUGAUUCGAACAUAUUUAAAUGGACAGCUCUUAUAAAGGGGCCAUCAGAAACUCCUUACGAAGGUGGAGUUUUCCAACUUGCAUUCUCUGUUCCUGAGCAGUAUCCUUUGCAGCCACCUCAAGUGCGAUUCUUAACCAAAAUUUUCCAUCCAAAUGUGCAUUUUAAGACUGGUGAAAUAUGCCUUGAUAUCUUGAAGAACGCAUGGAGUCCAGCUUGGACGCUGCAGUCUGUUUGUCGGGCUAUAAUUGCGUUGAUGGCUCAUCCAGAACCUGACAGUCCAUUAAAUUGUGAUUCUGGCAAUCUUCUUCGCUCUGGCGACACCAGAGGAUACCAGUCGAUGGCAAGAAUGUAUACCAGACUCGCAGCCAUGCCCAAGAAAGGGUGAAGGGAUGCUUAAUUAUUCUCUUGCAGCUUGCAUGUAAUCUAGUUUUCUCAUCAACUGUUUGCUCUUGGAUCUAUUUGCUAGCAAGUAGAAACUUGUUCCUCUUGCAGCCUUCCAUUAAACUGUCCUGGCCUUGGACUUCAAUACUCUAUUGUAUUCUGAAUUUAUUAUUGUCAGAUGCCCUGCUAUACAUUCGAGGAAUGUAUCUUAACUCUUUACCACUACUGAGAAAGCAAUAAAUUUAUUUUAUCAUUUAA